AUGCCAAAAUCCAACAUUACGCAAGGCAAGCCAAAUUUACAGCCAACACUCCCUGUCGAAGAACCCGCAUCAGUCUUCGAUUCCUUCAAUUCCCUCCCUACAGAACUCCAAGCCCGCAUCAUAAAAUACGCCUGGAACAAUGCCAUCCACGCAUCCCCCCGCCAUCUCCACGCCGACAUCAAAUUUCGCCGACCCAAUUCUGCAGCCUCUGUACUAGCAGCAAGCAUUCCCUGCUCCGUACAUUACAGGGUCCUCCCUUCUGUCAACCGCGACAUCAGCUUGCACCUAACCAGCAAGUUCUUCUCCGCCGAGUGCAAAUUCCUCGCUGCGCCGCAUCACCUCCACCUCCCCGUUUCCAACUCUAGGGGAAGCGGAUCCGGCACAACCAAACCCCUCCUCUUCAUCCCAGACACAGAUACCCUGCACAUCAACAUCAAAGGCGAAAUGACUUACAAACACACCGUCCUCUCCGCUUUCGCUAUCCUACCUAAGCCCCUUCGGGAGAUGGUCGAACACAUCGACAUUGACUACACGGACGCACAGGAUAUGUUGGAGCUGUGCUUACAGUUAGGCCCGAAGGGCAGUCUUACGAGCUUGAUCGCCGGGCUCGGAGCGCCGGAAUUGGAGACUGUGACACUCUCGGUGUGUAGCUUAAUCGUGGAAGGGAAUCAAAGGAUGGGGUUUUUGACGAUGCCUGGGAGGGAGGAGAAGGGGGUGGAGAUGAGGGUUAAGGCAGUGGAUGUACGGGAGGGGCUGACAUUUUGGGAGAGGAUUAUGAGAUGA